UUGGCGUCAACAUUGCUUAACUUUACUGAUGACAUCAACUUCAUCAGAUGUUUUCAAUCCAUUUUCAUUCACAACUCAGAUCGCCUCUCGAGACGCAGGUAGACCGUGCUCAAACGUGAGUCACGUUUAUACCUAAUCCUGUGCAGUUCUGAUUUGUCUAGAGUUGUUUCAAUUUUGGCAUUUAUCCUUUUGGUGGGUGAGAGAGACAGACAAGGACUUGAGUGCUGUGAAAAAAGGUGUAAAGCGAGUGCCUUCCCACCAUGGAGGACAUCAACUGCCUUCCAACGGAGGUUCUAUCCCACAUUCUGGGCUUUCUCGAGCCAGAAGAUUGGAAGUUAGCCAGCCAGGUUUGCCGCCGAUGGUACAACAUCCUGCAGGGCGCACGAUUCCAGCGCCAGAUUCUGAUGAGAAUCAACAGCACCUUUAUGGACCCACCUACGGAGCAGGAAAAGUGUGCCUUAACCCAUUGCCGGAACCUGCUGAUCACCCAGUGGGACGAAUCAUACGACUUUGAGUGGUACGACGAAGAAGACGAAGACGAGGAGGCAAACAGUGUGGAGAGCUUCCGUAACAUAGAUGUGGUCGAGUUUAAGUACUUGUACCAGCCCUCACCGGAGCUAAACGCUGGCGAGUUACUGUUCUGCCAAGAGUUGAACCUGGAGAGUCUGGAGUUGUGCAGCACAUUCGCCGGCUGUCGGCACAUCCUCGAAGACCGUCUUCAACAACUCCAAAAUCUCACAGAACUAUCCCUCGAAAUUGAUGAGGGUCGCAAAUCCAACCCAAUCUCAAUGGACCACACCUUCUGGGUGCUUCGCCACGACCGGUUACGGAAGCUCAAGUUAUCGUUUGCCCAGCGAAUGAACAACUUCAGCGUAGUUACCCCUGCGCUAACCAGCCUUGAAGUGCGCCCCUUCACAGUCUUCAGCAUGCCCAUCAUCACCCAGUACGCGAGCCAACUCCAGCGCGUCGACAUCCAUAUUGAAUACUCCGAACUGAUCAACGACCUGCUCGCUCUCAAAUUCCCCUCCCUCACGAAUCUUCGUUUGCGAAUGGACGACGAUCGGGACUUGCAGGUGCGCUACGCUAAUCUUCAGCACCGCCAUGCCGACAUCUAUCUCGACGAGCAGUUCGUCAAAAAUAUGCCAAAGUUGAAGCGCUUUCGCUGUGAAAGCCACUUUCUGUUCUACCGGAUGGCGUCGGCUCUCGCCAGGUUUGGCCACCCCCAGCUGGAGGAGGUCAAGCUGGACUCGAUGCAUUUUGACGCGGUGCAGCUGGUCAUGCUGCAGGAGUUGCCGCGGUUGAAGACCUUCAAAAUGCACCGCAGCGAAGCACUCCCACCACCGGAAACUCCUCGCAUUCUUCCUCGAUUGUACCUGCCCCACCUGCAGGAGCUUUCACUGGUGUACAACGAGUCGCACAUCGUGUUCGACAAAGGACUAACCGGACUCAAAACGCUCAAAAUGACCGUUUGGUCAAGCAGAAAUCACAAAAUCCUCUACAAAAUCUGCAACAAUCUCCCCAACCUGGAGUACCUCCGGCUGAUUUUAAACACCAAGCUGGUCAACACGGCCUUCCGCUACCUGAACCGGCUGACCAAGCUCCGGUCGAUCCGGGUAGACAACGUGGAGCUGACCGAGCGACUCUGGCAGUACUGUCCGGAGAUGGCCGGAGUGCGCAAGUUGGUCCUCACCAACGGCAAUCUAACCAUGGGUACCGUGACGGCCCUUGCGCGGCUCUUCCCGGCGCUGAACGUGCUGCACCUCGAGGAGUGCUAUUUCCAAGGCUGUGAUAAAGAGAGGGGUGAAAGCGAUGAGGAGGACAGUGGGAGUGAAGAUGAAAGGGAGGAUGAUGACGACAUUAUUCAGGCGCAGUACGAGGCGCGUGUGAGGCAGUAUUUUCCAAAGUGUAGGGUUUCACUUUACCGUACAAUGUUCUUGAAGAGAAGAUGAAUUAUAUUGUUGAUUGUUAAAAGUUAUG